ACAAAAAGGAUUUCUUAUUAGGUCUUUCCCUUCUGGAUAGCGUUCGAGCGGUAGACCCGGGAUCGUUUUGGCUUCGCACCCUGUAUUUCUUAUGCUGCCACCAUUGGCUAUCAUGGACAGCGUCUUGCAUCUGGAGCGGAUUUGCAUAUCUCGUUUUCCAUCGAUCAGCAUCAGCCGCUUGCAUCUCGCCGCACGCACACACGCGGAAACGGAAGAGAGGUGGAUUCUCCAUGUUGGAUGCAGCUAUUUCCUCGUUGUCUACCGGAGGUGCAUCAGGAGUUACGUUUGGCCAGAGGCAAUGCUUUCUCUUUCCAUAUCCGGUCGGAUUCGGCAGGCCGCGCGGAAGUUCUCUUCUUUUUCCCCGCGGGCCGUGACGGAGCAACUUUUUCAGGAAUGUGUACAAAAAGGGAUUGGAUUGGAUUGGAUUGGAUCUUGAUUUGAAUUGCGGUCCUGUUAUUCUGCAAUGAUGGUGCGCUUUAGACGGCCAGCCAACCAGCAAACCUUGCAUUUUUUUGCAUUUGCUACUGCUCACGAGAGCUUAAUCCCUCUGGGCGAACACACGACGAAACACAGAACAUGAAUAUGUCUUACGAUGCGG